AUGCCUGCGAGUGCUGCGAUAAUUAUAUCGUCCUCUCUGGCCUACGCGACCCUCAUGUUGACCAUUCACUUCAUUGCCAAUACGAUUUUCCCGUGGUGCGCGUACUCGUCGCGCUGCUUCAAGUUCGACCACGAACUGCGGGCUAGCAUCGAUUCCAGCGUGGACCCGUGUGACAACUUUUACGGUCAUGUCUGUGGACGUUGGACGAACGUGCACCCAACAGAAGGCAGCCAGCUACAGUUUCUGCAAAAGCGAACAUUACUCUGGCUUCUAGAGGCCAUUGAGAAGACCGUUCCCUCGCCACCAAGCUCCGCAGUCGACAAAAUCAUCGCGGGAUACCAGAAGUGUCUCGCCGUUUUCCGAAAUGGUAACGAGAAAUCUGAAGCCAUUCGUAGAAUGUUUGAACCUUAUUCUUACGAGUGGCCAUCCCUCUCCUUGUCCACAAGUUUCGACUUUCUCGACUUUACGGUCGGACUUGCCCUCGACUAUGGAAUCCACGUCGUCAUCGGACUGGAAAGCACGCCGUACCUGCAGACCGAUCAAGGUUACUCGCUCUACGUACAUGGACUUAAUAACAUCACGGACGCCAAUAUCGGGGGCUGGAGUGACAUGACAAAUUGCAUCCGAUCAUUCAGCCCGAAAUCAAAUGUCGACGUCGGAAAGGUAAUUGAAUUGCUUGAACUCGGCCGUAGAAACAUUAGAUUUCUGUUUCUUGGGACACUUGUGUCAUCCUUGGCAGCGAACGAUCAGUCGUAUCCGAAGUACAUCACGUUGCAAGAUUUCGCAAAUAACAAGAAUCCGUCUCUCUCGGUUGCGAAUUGGGUUCGAGUAAUUAACAAACAUUUGCCGACUUCCAAUCACGUCAACCCUGAUUCUCCAAUCUUAACGACAUCCGAUUUUUCGAGUCGUCUUCUUACCCAUCUGGCGCUGUUCUACGCUAACAAAAUGGAGGAGCUCAUGCUGUACCUUGGCUGGAAAGUGAUCAAUAUCCUUGCCCACGCGUUUUCUUUUCACUGUGCCAGGAUAGCAUCAGGCUACAGUGACACUUUUCAAACUGCUUUUCAAUGCCUUUCUACUGUAAACUCCCUUGCACCGUUCGCUGUAUCCCAGUUGCUUUAUCAAGGCUUAGUCACGCCAGAAGAUUCGAAAUUCUCGAAGACUAUUGACGACACCAUACGGAAAGAAACCCAGAGCUCUUUUCAGAGGCUCUCAUGGAUGGAUGCACAGACGUUACUUGCGGCCACCGACCGUUUGACAAAAAUCACAGGCAUUCACGGCUCACCGUCCCAUCUACUCAACAUGACUGCUUUGAAUGCCUACUACGACUACUUACCUUUGUUCGAAAAGCCCUUCGUCGAAGAUCUAUUAGGAGCCCUAUCGGAAAAGUUCAACAUGCGCAAACGGCUUUUCGGCUCUCAACUCACAGUGAGUCGAGAGGACAUGGAGGCAUCGAUGAUUGAGGUAAACGCCUUUUACGCGGCCAUGUUCCACACAAUUGUCAUCAAAACUGGCCUCAUUCAGCCUCCUCUGAUUGACCUCAGUCUUCCUCACGUGGUCAGCUACGGAGGCUUGGGUCGGAUGAUCGGCCAUGAACUGUCACACGCAUUCGACCCGCAACGAUAUAAUUUCAGUUAUCGUGGUGGCAAGUCGCGGUGGUACAGCGAUGCAUGGGACAGGGAAUUUCACAGCAGGUUGCACUGUCUCAGUACACAAAUCAACGAGGCAGCCAACAGCCGAACACUGGGCAAGAACACGCUUGACGAGAGUUUCGCCGACAGUGUGGGUAUGGAGAAAGCAAUCCUAGCCUACCAGACCCUUCCCAAGGGACCGACGCAGUUUGGCUACACUCAAGACCAGAUGUUCUUUGUAGCCGGCUGUUUCGGAUUCUGCUCUUCUCGUGGUUAUACAGUUAUCCCAGCCUCAAUAUACCCACCUCCUGCGUUGCGCUGCAAUCUGCCGGCCAUGAACCUUCGGGAGUUUGGUUUUGCUUUUAAGUGCGCCCAGGGUGCGCCGAUGAACCCAAUAAGGCGCUGCAGCUUCUAUUCCUAA